GCGUGUAGAUGACGUGGAUUUUUUGUCUGUUUUCACCACAGAAAACAAAAGAGACAAAUGGAUGUCUAGCAAUAUCGUAAUCACCAUAACAUGAUGUGGGAUAGUCGAUCAGUAGUUGGUUACAUGACGGUGUAUAUUGUCCUGUGGAUUUCACGUGAGGAUAUCUACACUGCAGGUUGGUUUGGAUCGACUGUGAAGGAGAAUGUGUUUGUGGAGAAAGGACAGGCCUUAGAAGCUGCCGGACAACUAGUUGACGCUCUUGCACAUUAUAAACAUGCGCUGGAGGAAAAUCCAUCCAAUUACCUGGUACAAUUUCGAUGUGGUAUGGUUUGCAUCGAGUUGGGUUUGUCCAAACAAGCGAUGAAGUUUCUGGACCAAGCGUACGAGCUGCAGCCUGAUUUUACUGAAGCAAUAGUGGAAAGAGGAAGUGUACACUUAAAACUUGGAGAUCUGCAAUCAGCGAAAGAUGACUUCAACUUGGUUCUUCGGAGGGAACCGUCCAACAGAGAGGUAAAACUAAGAAUCCAACAAAUAAACGGCCUAAAACAGGACAUACCAUUCGCUAAACUGUUAUUCAAGCAGAAAGACUAUGCCGGUUGUAGAGAGGCUCUCGACCAGGCACUGGCGUUAUGUACCUGGGACGUUAUGUUGAGAGAGAUUCGUGCUGAAUGCUAUUUAACUGAAGGCAAAUAUGGAAAAGCUAUUGCCGAUAUCCGGGCAACACUUCGACACCGCCGUCUCAAGGCACCAGCCUACCUUAAGCUCAGCAUUAUUUCCUAUGAUAUAGGGGACACAGGAAAUUCACUAAUAAAUAUACGAGAAUGUUUAAAGCUAGAUCCUGAUCACAAAGAAUGCGAUUCACACUAUCGGAAAGUGAAGACGCUGGUUCGACUGAUGGAUGCUGCAGAAGAAAACAGAAACGAAAUGCAGAACGCUAGGUGUAUGAAAAAGGCACAUACUAUGCUCCAGAUAGAACCGGACGUACAGUACUACGUAAGGAAAGCCAAAGCCUUCCUGUGUCAUUGCCAUCUACCGACGAGCAUAAUGGACGCCUUGACAGCUUGUGACUUUGUUUUGGAUGAGCAACCCGAUAAUAUUCAAGUCAGAAUGGCGAGAGCAGAUAUAUCUAUGGAAAUUGCGAAUGACAAGCUUCAUCAAGCGAUGGCCGAUUAUCUGUACAUCAAAUCAAGAACAGAAGAUAAUAACCAUGCAGGUGAUGGAUUGAAGAAGACAAAGGAACUUGUAAAACUAUUUGAUAAAAGGGACUAUUACAGAAUCUUAGGUUUAGAUAGAUUUGCAAGUUAUGGAGACAUCAUGCAAGCAUAUAAAACGUUUGCUAUGGUAUGGCAUCCUGACAAAUUCAAGGGUGACAAUAAAAAGAAAGCAGAGAAAAUGUUUUUAGAUAUAACUGCAGCCAGAGAUGUUUUGUCAGAUCAACGUAAACGUGAUACGUACGAUAGAGGAGUGGACCCAUUGACUCCCGGGUAUUAAUAAAUCAUCACCAUUUCAAGUGCUAAUAACGCUAACAUAUUACAAAAAUAUCGAUAUCAAUUUUCCUCAAAGUGCUUUUAUUUUUAUACGUCCAUCAAAAUUUGACGGAACUAUUAUAGUAUGAAGUCGUCCGUCGGACGUAAACUUUUCUCCAGAGAUCUCAUACAUUUUCCAACAGAUUUAUUUGAAACUUUUAUAAUCAUAUAUAGUGUGUUUUGUGUUUCGCGAAAUAGCAUUUUGAAUCAACUAUUUUUUUUUCUUUUGCGAAUGCCAUUGCCCAUUCUAACUUUGAGUGUCUAAAUCUUAAGCAUUCCUUUCCACCUUUUAACAGAUCUGUCUAAAGCGUAUUAGAAGCAUUUUUAUUAGACUAUUUUUUGCAAAAGUGAUCGUCCUUCUUCAAUUAUUUCUUUAUAGAUCCUCAUCGUCGAUUUUCAACAAAUAUUUUACAGCUUUGCACAAAUAUGGAUUCACAUUUAGACACUUUAAGAUCGAUUAUCUCAGAUCCAUGUAAUUCCAUAAAAUAAAAAUUUGGAGCAACCUUUAAAGAUACUAAGGCACCGACAGCGUGUGCGCUUCUUGUCACAGAAGCAAAGCAUGGCACCAGCCGUAUAGAAUUAAAGGUAAAUAAGACCAACACAUAAUAGGUUAAACUCAGUGUCCUGUUACUAAUGGACUAUUCAGACCGAAAAUCACAGACCAAAUAUAGAGUUGGAGUACGAUAGAAUUUCUCCGGGAUUCAAUUAAUUAAGGAGUCACUUUGAAUUUAAACGAUGAAAAACAGUAGAGUGUAAUGUGUGUAACUUGAUUUAUAUAGCUAUAUGCAAUAAGUUAGUCUUCUUUUAAAUCGAUCAUUUUUGUCAACGAUUUAUCAUUUUUAAAUCGUCCAAGCGAAGCUAUUUGCGAUAGAUCACAGGCGUCUGCUUCUGGUUUGUAUUAAUAGAAAAAAUAUUAGCCCUACUCCUACUUUAUCAACAAAGUGUAACACUCGAAAAACCGGAAAGAGGGGAUGAGCUUCGAUUCACUUUGAAUAUAGGUACAAUCCGAUUAAAAUAUCAAAUUCACUCUAGUAGCGCA